AUGGCUCCCACCAAAUUAGGCUUCAUUGGCUUGUCCGCUGAUGGACAAUGGGCAGCCAGUUCACAUCUGCCACAUAUCCAGAAGAGACCAGACCUGUUCCAGAUCACGGCGCUGCAGAACAGCAGCAAGGCGUCGGCGGAGAAAGCUGUGCAAAAGUACAAGCUGGGUGGAGAUGUCGCAUGCUAUGACGACCCGGAGCCUCUGGCCCGCGAUCCCAAUGUCGACAUGGUGGUCGUGUCAGUCAAAGUGCCCGAGCAUUAUCGACUCAUCAGGCCGGCGUUGGAUGCGAAGAAGGAUCUCUUCGUCGAGUGGCCGCUCGCGGCGAAUGUGAAAGAGGCAGAAGAGCUCACGGCCCUGGCGGCGUCCCAGGGGGUCAGGAAUGUUGUCGGUUUGCAGGCUCGUCAGAACCCGAGCAUCCGCAAGGCCAAGGAGAUGGUGGCCAACGGCGAGCUGGGCGAGAUUCUCGGCACCACCAUGCUGGGUUCAGGCAUGGUCCUGGGCGCAACCGAGGCCCCCGUGUACGAGUACAUGGCCAAGAUCGAGCACGGAGCCAAUCUGAUGACCAUCCCUGCCGGACACGCCAUGGACGCCCUUUGCUACGUCUUGGGAGAGAUGACAGAAUUGCAGGCCAAGUUGGCGACGCGGCGCCCGACCAUGGACAUUGUCGAUGCCUCGGGACAGGUCCUCCGAACCGUCAACAAGACCGCGCACGACUGGAUGUCGGUGACGGGGACACUCGAGCGCGGAGGAGGUGUGGCCACGAUUGUCUAUCAAGGCGGCCUUUCGGACACGGGCAAAGACUUUUACUGGGAAAUCAACGGCACCAAGGGGACUCUGGUGCUCGAGGGCCCGAACGGCCACAUCCAAAUGUUCCAUCCGACGAUCAAGUUCGUUCCAGCGGGUGCCGGGCGCGCACAGCUGAAAGAGAUUCCAGUCGAACCGGCCAGUGACUUUGCGUAUAAUGUGGGGAAGGUCUGGGAUGCGGCCAUGGGCGAGGGAGACGGCGGCGUCGUGACCUUCAAGGAUGCGUUGCUCAGACAUAAGAUGAUUGACGCGAUCUACCGCAGCAACGAGAAGGGGACUCGGGAGUCGUACCUUUGA